GUAAUUUCUUACUCUCCCACAACCAAAACUCUACUUCGUAACUCCAAAACCCUGCCUACUCGUAUUUCAGUCAGCUCAAUCUACUCUUUUAUUGCACUUGAACAGAGGUAUCUUGGAAACAACACUUUUAUCUUCACAGGUAGUGGUAAAAUUUACUUAUACACAGCCCUCCUUAGAUCACGUUUUGUUGGAAUUCACGGGAUAUGUUGUUGUAUUUUUUUUUUCUUCUCUUCUUAUGGCACUUGGAUCAAAGAUCUCUUAAAAAUAGCCUCUCUACUUUUACAAGACAGUGUUAAGCAAUAAAAGUUGGAAUAAAAUGAUAAAAAGGCGAUUUUACAAGCUUGAACAUGGUGAUAGAGAUGCUCCUUCGGAGUCUUCUUCAUCCUCCGACUCUGGAUUUGAGGCAGAGGCAACAGAAGAUGAAGAGGAGGAGGAGCAGGAUGAUAAUGAUACAAAGGAAGAGGAUGAUGGUGUUGCUCGUCUGACAGGGGGAAAUGAAUCUUCUUCUGGAUAUGAGAGUGAAGAUAGCUCUGUCAAUGAAGUUAAUCUUGACUCAUCAGGUCUUCCAACGAGCGAUGAAGAUGUUACAACUCUAAAGGACACCAAGUUUGCUGAUGAAAGUUAUUCAUCUGAAAAGGUGAUUGCAGAAUCAGAUAAUAUGCAGAAUAAUUCUAUGCCCGAAGAGGAUGAGAUUCCAAGUGAUGCUGCAGACUAUGUCUUGAAAUGUAAAUCAGUUUAUAAGUGCAGGCUGUGUCCUAGAAUCGUCUGCCUGACAGUUCAGACUCUAAUUGCUCAUCUUAAAUCCAAAAAGCAUGCCCGUUCUGAAAAGCUGUUGAAAGAAGGGAGGCUUAAACUUAUGCUUAAUGAAGAUGGAAAUAUCGAGGGACAAAUUCAUCCUGAGGAGGAAGAUAGUCCAACUAGAGGGCAGAACCCUUCAGCAUCAAAGAAGAAAAGCAAAGGACUGAAGAGGCAACUCAGGGAGGAGAAGUUUAAAAAGAAUAAGGAAAACUGUUUGCCCGUGGAGAAUACUGAAGAGUCAAGAAAGAACUCUUCCAGGAAGAGGCAGAAAAACAAAUGAAGAACAUAGUUAAAUCUUGAUAUAUAUGCCCUGAGCAGGAAUUCUUGCUACAAAAAGGUAGAAGUAAAAUGAACUACAUGUCUUGUACGGGCGGAAUUAGUUGUGAUUUGCUCUACGGUGUCGCCCAAAAUAUCGCAUUCCUUUUUUUCAGUUUUUGGUCCGAGAGAGCAAUUUUGUACUUGGAUGUUGGAUCUGAAGCUUUGUUUUCCUAGUAAGUUCAUGACGAAGAUAUGAAUGCAUUUCAAAGCUUUUUGGCAGAUCUGUUAUGUAAAAUGAAAUGAAAUUUCAAAUUUAUAUAUGCAUGAAGAUGUUACGACUAAA